AUGAAGAUGCUUCAACCAAUUAUGCCAAGAGUGAGUUUUGUGAUAACUGAUAAGUUAUACGAGAGGAGAGACGGUCUCGGGUUCAGGGAUAGAUCUGAGAGGUUGAGAGAAAGUGGGAGAGAGGAGAGACGGUCUCCGGUUCAGGGUUCUGCGCCAAAAGAGUGUUUGUGGGUGCGAGGCACCACAUGCUUGGCCGCUUGGUUUCCAUUUUGGCGAACGGCCAGAAUCUUGUGGUCCUCCGGGGUUCCUUCGCAAGCGUUUGAAUACCAAGCCUUCUCAUGGCCCCAUUCACUUCCGGACCCCUGCAAAGAUCUUGUGGAGAACUAUUCGUGGGUAUGA